UAUAUCAUAUAAAUGUAUAUACUGCCUCAUUACAAUCAUUUCAAGAAGACGUCCCGAACAAUAAACACAAAAUAAGUAUAAAAUCGACGCGUUGCCACAUGUAAUAAACCAAUAAUCGACCAAUGACAUGAAUUAUGCUAAUGAGCUACGUGUUGUCAUGACGACGGAAGAUAAGCGUUCUUCCCACCAUGUCGUUAAUGAUAAAGAUAAUGAUAAGUAGUUAUAACAAUAAGAAGAACAAUAAUAAUAAUAUAAUAAUAGUAAUGAUAAUGAUAAUAAUAAUAAUAAUAGCAACAACAACAAAAAUAGUAAUAUUAUUAUUAUUAUUUUCAUUACUAUUAUUCUUGAUAAUAAUGAUAAUAAUUGCAAUAAAAAUGAUGAUAACAUUAAUGCUAAACUAAUUAUGUUAAUAAUAAUAAUGACGAUAAUAAUGACAAUGAUAAUUAUAAUAAUAACAAUAAUAAUAAUAAUAAUGAUAAUGAGAAUAAUAAUAAUAAUAACAAUAUUAAUAAUAAUGAUAAUGAGAAUAAUAAUAUUAAUGAUAAUAAUAAUAAUAAUAAUAAUAAUAAUAAUAAUAAUGGUAAUAAUAGAAAUAUUUAUGAGAAUAAUAAUAAUAUUGAUAAUAAUAAUAAUAAAUUAAUAAUGAUAGUAAUAAUAGUAAUAAACAAUAAAAAUAAUAAUGAUAAUAAUAAUAACAACAUUAAUGAUAAUAUUAACAAAAACAAUAAUAAUAAUGAUAAUGACUACAGUCAUACUUACAGCAUCAUUAAUGAACAACGAUAGUAUCAAUAAUAAUAAUAAUAAUAAUCAUAAUAAUAAUGAUAAUAACAACAUCGACAUGGAUAACGGGUACGAUGAUAAAUAAUACAGGUUCAAAGUCAUUGGAAAAAAACAACUAUAUGUAGUCAUCUACUGAAGACAUGGCGUGAGAAAUCCCAGCUGAUGCAUAUAAGACCUAGUAAAAUAUAUAUACACACACGCACCGUAACACACACACACACACACACACACACACACACACACACACACACACACACACACACACACACACACACACACACACACACACACACACACACACACAUACAAACACACACACACGUACUUUGUCUCCAAGCGACCCUAUAUAUAUAAUCACACAGGGUAUUCUCCGUGUUUUGAAAUAUCUCGUACACUAAGGUCGUGUGUUUUUUCGUUCUCGUUCCUGAUAAUGGAGUCUUGUUUGAUCUACAUCGCUGUUCUGCUGGCACAUACACUGCCCAUCUACGCAGCCAGCGAGUGCUCCCCAUCGUGCCCAGCGGAAUCCCCGGGAUCACUCGUUCCCGACCCCACCAACUGCCAGCGUUACUACGUAUGCCUGCAGGACGGCCAACCCAGCGACUUCCCCUUCGAGUGUGAGGGCGGCCUGUUCUUUGAUUCCAGCAACGGGACCUGCACGGACGAAACGAGUGCGAAUUGCGACCUGUGUCAGCCAGCCUGCUCUCUGUAUUCGUGCCCUGUCCCUUCCAAUGAAAUCAAAAUGGUAGCUGACCCCAGUGACUGUACAUUUUACUACCUGUGCGGCGUCAGCGAUGAACCUCUGCACAUCAAGUGCCCUGCAGAAACGCCCUACUUCAACGGCGUGGAAUGCGUGAAGGACGCGAGCGAGUGCUGCGACCCGUGCCUCGUGUACUGCAGCGAGCCCUUCACGCAGAUCCCCGACCCGGCCGACUGCACCAGCUACUACUUCUGCCUCGACGCCGGCUUCCCCGGACCCGCCGACCUGCACCACUGCGAGGAGGGCAACUUCAACGCCACGGCCGGCCACUGCGACCCCGCCGCGCCGUGCGUGCAGCUUCCCCAAUGUUCUGCUGCCGCCGACGGGGGUCGUGGUGCUGAAGACCCGGACAAUCUGCCUCUCCUGCUGUAGGCCGGAUUGAGGAUGGAUGGCAAUGUGUUAUUCUGCUUAACAUAUGUACUGCACUGUUUGUGUUUGUUAUGUGUGCAUUUGUACAUAUAACCAUAUAAUUAAUAUGGUGCAGUGUUUAUGGUGUGUAUUGUUAUAAAGGAUGCUCGGCAUAACUCGUAAUAUUAACAAUUGUCAUUAGUUUAUUAUGUUUUAUUAGUUUAGUCAAUAACCUUGGCCGAUAGAAACGCUCAUGUCACUUGCUCUCUUAUUAAACAUUACAGAAGUAU